AUGGAAGUUUUAAUAUCUGAAAUAAAGCAGCGACCGGCCUUAUGGGACAGAACAAACAAACUUUAUAAAAUGCGAGCAUUUGUUGAGAAAGGUUGGAAAGAAGUUGCGGAAAUCACGGGAUUCGAAAAGGAAGAAGCGAAGGUAAAAUGGAGAAAUCUGAGAGACAACUUUCUGAAGGAAUUAAAGAAAGCUCCGAAGAAAAACGAAGAUGGUACAUUUCAAUAUAGGGGAAAAUGGCGAUACUUUAAUCCAAUGUCUUUCCUAUUGGAAAUUCAUCUCCCUACCCUAAUAGGAGAGGAAAACGUUCCGAAUUCAUCCUCCUUGGAAAUAGAACCUUUUAUACUGGGGGACUUGAUUUCCGAUAUUGACGCCGAGAAUACUUCUGUGGAACAAGAAAAGUGUUCAACGAACGAUGGGCAACCGGAAAUUUUGAGCGUCGAAUCUGCUGCAAAGAAACAAAAGAUUGAAGAAGCUGAUUCAGGAACAACGAAAACGAAGACAUUGGAAUUGGGGGAAGUAGUUCUUGAUGGACAUUCUGGCGAAGUUGACUACAGACAUCCUGUUGUGGAAGAAGAAGAUGCCGAUUUGGACUUUUUCAAAUCUUUGCUACCAUUUAUGAGAAAACUGUCGGACUUACAAAAACUCCAUGUCCGAAAUCAGUUUCAAACCAUUCUUAUUCGUCAGUUAUCCGCCGUUGGUCCUGGACUCGAUUCUAGCGAGCUUCAAUGA